UGCACGGUGCUGAUUAUCGCGCACACGCCGUGAAAAAACACGGCGCAAAGAGAGCCACAGUAAAGCCGAGCUUAUUCUCCGAGUGGGACACUUAUUUCUCCUCCUUGUAGUCCGUAAAGAUUUGGGAAGCUCGUGUAAACGCCCCUGAUACUGGUUUUAUUUGCCCCCCUUUGAAGGAAACCCCGCAGCCCGCUGUAACGACACGGGAUUUUUCCCCCUCUACAAAAUGGCAGCCGUGCUGUCGGCAGCCUGGCAGUCCAGCGGCUGUCUGUGUGCGCGGAGGGACGGGGAGCCUCCGGUCCCUCCUUGUUCCCGCUCUGGUCACCGGCAGCUCGCUGUGCUGUUGUUUUGGUUGGAGAUGCUGGCUUGUUCUGGUGACUGGCGAGCAGCCAUGUGGGCUAAAAAAGCAAAAGGAGUUGCCAUAGAAACGCUCAGGUUUCCCCCAUAGCCUGUGUGGCACACCUGACGCAGUGAAUGGGUGUCUCCUAUCAUUUCCCUUUCACCCACACUCACCCCGGGGCGCCACAGAUCGCGCACCUAAUAUUAUUUCCCAGACGAAUUUCUCCGUUUGGAUCUGGUUCUAAAGAGGAUUGUUGUUCCUGUCUGUCAACAUGCAUCGGACGACCAGGAUAAAGAUCACUGAGCUCAACCCUCACCUCAUGUGCGUCCUGUGCGGAGGAUAUUUCAUAGACGCAACCACCAUCAUCGAAUGUCUCCACUCAUUUUGCAAGAUGUGCAUUGUGCGCUACCUGGAAACCAGCAAAUACUGUCCAAUCUGUGAUGUACAAGUGCAUAAAACCAAGCCUCUGCUCAACAUUAGGUCUGACAAAACUCUACAGGACAUUGUGUACAAGCUGGUCCCCGGUCUCUUCAAAAAUGAAAUGAAGAGGAGGAGAGACUUUUAUGCGGAUCACCCUGUAGAUGCCUCUAAUGGAUCAAAUGAGGAUCGUGGUGAGGUGGCAGACGAGGACAAGAGAAUUAUUACAGAUGAUGAGAUCAUCAGCCUCUCUAUUGAGUUUUUUGACCAGACCAGACUGGGAGGUAUAGUGGAAGACAAGCCGUCUAAAGAUCAGGUGGCUAACAAGAGGUAUCUGCAGUGUCCAGCAGCCAUGACAGUCAUGCACCUGAGGAAGUUUCUGCGUAGCAAAAUGGACAUCCCAAGUACCUACCAGGUUGAAGUCAUGUAUGAAGACGAACCUCUGAAAGAUUACUACACGUUAAUGGAUAUAGCAUAUAUCUACACUUGGAGAAGAAAUGGCCCUUUGCCGCUGAAGUACAGAGUCCGACCCAACUGUAAGAAGAUGAAGGUGAGCCACGCGCAACAGGAAGGCCAGAACAGCGCGAGCAGAUCCGGUCCCGAGAGCGACUCCGCCAGCGACAAAGCCGGGAGUCCCGCCGGGGCUCCUUCCACGUCUUCGUCGCUGCCCAGCCCCGGCACGCCUGCGCAGUCCCCGCACCCGCAGCUUCCGCACGGCCCAAAUAACGUCAACGGGACCCCGGCCGCUGCCCCACCGACCCCCAGUCGCCCUUUCACGCAGUGCGGCGGCGGCGGCGGCGGCGGCAAACCCCGGAAGGUUGCUCUGAACGGCUCGUCGACCUCCUCCGGAUGACGUGGGGCUCCGGACUGAACCGGACCAGCCAACGCCAGACACCCGCUCAGCUAAUAGGCCUACUGUUUUCAUGCCAACGUAGUUCCAUUGUGUAGACAAUGUUAUCUAUCUUUUUCUCCGUUUGUUGUUAUAAAUAUUAUGGCAUCAUAUGUAAGUUUAGCGGAACCAGAGACAUUUCCAAAAUAAAAGGAACGAGAAGGUCGGGUGGAGUGGGAUUUUUAUUUUUAAAUAUCGAAGCAGAUUUUGAUGUUGACAAAAAAAAGGAAAGUUGGAAACAGUUGGACAAGCAUUUAUCCCCCUUUUUAAAAGCUACAUCUUUAUUUUACAGAAGUGACUGAAGACUGAUAGACUUUUAUAUUUUCUUUUCAAAUGAAACGUGUUUUAUCAUGAUUAUUUCAUGUGUGUUGGGAUAUUUUUGAAGCCGUCGAGUUUAAACAUGCAUGCUCAUGAUAACACUUUUUUCGGAUUUUAUUUCGUGAAAGCGGAUUCUGCGUGUUUCCCCCCACAACUCUCAUUGUGUCGGGUCUGUGGAAGUGUUUCAGGCAUCGACUAUUUUCAACGAAAGGAAAAUAUCUUUGUGUAGCGCUGCUUCACGAAAAAAUGCCUAUGGAGGAAAAACUUUAAUAUUGCCUUUUUACUGGAAAAAAAAACAGUUUCUUGUAGCUGCAGUGGAAUCGGAUUGCUUAUGCUCCACGUCUUUAACAUGGUAUAGGCUAAGCAGUUUUUGGCGAAUCCACAUGUAAAUAGAAACAAAAUGCAUAUUUAAUCAGCGAUGAUGUUAUUCUCUUAUUCCCCUUUCUUCUGAGGGAAUGACUUGGGCUCCUGUUCAGCUCCAUUUCAUGCUCAAUGACAGAUGUUUUGAUGUCUCAAAUGUUGUGUUUUCCGUAUUUGUAUCGCUCGAUUGUAUGGACAACUUAUUGUAUUGUUACUGUUGCACAGUAUAAAACAUCUAAAUAAAACAUUUUACACUUAA